AUGACCCUAGUAGACUACUCGUCAGAUGAUGACUCGGCCGCCGACACAGAAGUACCAAAGUCGGCGCCAGUAUUGGGGGUCGGCACUGAAGCCUCGCAAGCCUCGCCAGCCUCGUUGCCGCCGCUUCCGGCUUCGUUCCAUGACUUGUAUGCCUCGACAGUUCGCACCAGCACCCGUGACGACCCAGCACUGCACCACGGCCGGUCUCGCCAGAUUCCUCACGUGGUCGGCAACUGGCCGAGUCACAUCUAUAUCGAAUGGUUCCCCUCACAGGCGCAGUGCGAUGUACUAAGCUCUUUAGUCUCAGCCUUACGCUCGGACGACCACCAAGCCGGAGCUGAGCUGCACAGCUUCCUGACAAGCGAUCUAGGCACCCCGCUGCCGCUGCACAUUAGCCUCUCGCGCCCGUUCGUGCUGACCACGGAACAAAAGGACACUUUCCUGUCGCGUGUCCCAGCCGCACUCAGGCUGCGAUCGUUGUCGCGCUUCGCCGUUCGUCCGUCUGCGUUGUCGUGGCACAGGUCACCAGACUCGAAUCGCGCUUUCCUCGUCCUGCGUGUGCAGGAAGGCCGCUAUGGCGGUAACCAGGACCUGACCCGCCUGCUCGAAAGGUGCAAUGAGCUGGUCAGGGAGUUUGGUCAGCCGGAGCUGUACUCCGAUGGCGGAAGAGCGAUGGAUCGAUUCCAUGUGUCUAUUGCUUGGUCGUUUGUUGAUGUGACAGGCCUGCUCCAAUCUCGAACAGAUGCGGUCUUUCAGAGCUUCCAGGAUCGGGUGACCGCGAUGGAGAUUCCCAUCGAGUCUGUCAAGGUCAAGAUUGGCAACGUCAUUACUAGCUUGUCGUUGGCCGAGUAUGGACAGAAGCGGUCACAGACCGGAUCGCUUUUUGGCGCGUAG